UUCUUACAAACAAACGAACGCAAAUUGUUCCAUUUCCAAGAUGGCGACGCCCAUCGCAGAAUUACCGGAACUGGAAAAUCUAUGUGAUUUGGAACAAAUAACUCAUCUCGAUGUCAAUGAAAACAACAGGAAAGAGGUGGACGAUUGUAAGAGUGAAGUAACAUAUGAAGCAUCGAUCGAUAAACUACCCGAAGAAGCUUUGACCAAUGUUAUAUCGUUCGUUUCCGAUAAAUGGUUGCUGAAUUGUGCCCUCGUCUGUCGGCUUUGGAGAAAUGUCAUCAAGGGGCAGACACUUUGGCGGGAGAAGUGUUACCGAACAAGCCGAUUCAUUGAGAGGUAUAUGGCACCCUUUUAUCCAGAAAACUGGAAGGAAUUCUACCUGAAAUCUCCUUAUACUAGAAAUCUCAUCAAGAAUCCAAGUGGCAAAGAUGGUGUUAAAGGUGGCUGGAUCAUAACAGAGAAUGGAGGAAAUGGUUGGGUUGUAGAAACUGGAGAUCAUGGUUCUGCUAAGAAACCAGAUAAACUGCUUGCAAUUAGUGAUGGAAGUCCAACUCAAUUUGCCACAUCAUACGGAUUGUGUCAGCGUUAUCAGCUGAUUGACCUUUUACAAGAAGGUUUCUCACCUGCUAUGCUGGAUGAAGGCCAACCAGAUAUAGUCAUCUCUGAAUGGUAUGCUGCACGUUUUGACUGUGCAAAUGUUUACUCACAGAAAGUGCAACUACUGAGGGAAAAUUCAAAUGAACCAGUCAAUAUUAUUGAAGAGUUUGUUUUUGGACCAAUUGAAACACAACAGUGGGCUCCGAAUGACUGGAAAGAGGUUAGACACAUAUUCUCCAAUUACGGAAAAGGCUUACGGUUUAUUAAGUAUAUGGAUGAGAGCAAAGAUAGGCAGUUCUGGGCGGGGCACUAUGGAUCCAAGAUGGCAGGAUCAGUUGUCAAGCUUCAGUUUCAUAAGGAUGAUCCAGAUGAAUAAAAAAA